AUGAAACCUAGAAUGGUAACAAUGAUAAUUGAUAUUGAAUAUGAUGACAUGGAUGUGUAUUUGUAUGAUGGAAAUGAAUAUGAAAGAAUUGAUAGAAUGAAAUAUUUAAAAGAAGAAGAAAAGAAAAUAAUUGAAGAAAUCAUUGGAAAUGAUAAGACGAAUGUGAAAAUUAGAAAAGAAAAUAUUAAAGGAGUAGAAAUGAUGAUUAAACCAGAAAGUAAAUUAACAAUGAUAUUCAAUAAUAUUAAGAAAGAAGUAGAAAAGAAAGGAGAAAAUGAAAGAACAAUCAUUUGUAUUCCUAAUGGAACAAGUCAAGGAAAUGAAAGAAGAAUAGAAAAUUCAACAAAACUGGGAAGAUUAAACAAUGUACAAAUCAUACGGAAAUAUCAUAUAAUUGAAAGAAUACUUUCAGAAGAAUAUAACAUAGAAACACCAAUUCUUAUCAUAGAAAAUACAGAAAUAACAUAUGGAAAUAUUAAAAAAGAAAGAGACAAGAUAAAAAUAAGAAUAAUAAAUAAUAUAAGAACAAACAAUAUAAUAGAAGAAAAUAAAGAAAUCAAUAGAAUAACAACAGAAGAAAAAGAAGAGAAAGGGAUAAUAAUAAAUAAUAAAAUUAAAAAAGGAAAUAAAGAAGAAAUCAAAAUAAACACAAAAAGAUGGAGAUAUAAAGAAAUUUCAGAAGAAACAUAUAUUAAAACAAUAAUAGAAAUGAUAGAAAAAGAAGAAUAUUCAGAAUAUUCAACAGAAAGAGAAAUGAUAAUAAAUAUCAAAAGAAUAAUAUACAAUAAUAAAAUCAAUAAAAGAAUAAAUGGAAAAAGAAGAAUAGGACAUUAUGCAAUGAUGAUAGUAUCAAAAUAUUUUAAUGAUAUUAAAGAUUUUAUUAAUUUAGAAAUUGGAAUUAAAAGAUAUAGAGGAAAUAUGGAACGAUUUCAUUUUAAUCCAAUUCCAUUAAAUAAAUAUUCAAGAAGAUUCUUUCCUAAUAUUGAAACAUUUCAUAUUUAUAAUGAAGAAGAUGAAGAAUUUGAUGAUGGAAGAAUAGCUAAAGAAGUAAUAUGGUAUACAGUAGAUUAUUCAAGAUAUUUAAAAGAGAAAGAAGCAGGAAAUAUAUGUAAAAAUAUAAAAUAUACACAAUAUGAUAGAGAUAUAUAUGGAAAUAUAAUACCUCCAGAAGUUAAAUCACUUAGAGAUUGGUGUUUUAAAAAUUGUGAUGAAUUGUCAUCUAUUACUAUACCAACACCAAUUACCAAAUUAGGAAAUAAUUGUUUUGGUGAAUGUACAUCAUUAAAAACAAUUAAUAUACCAACAUCAAUUAAUGAAAUAGGAUGUUGGUGUUUUGAAGGAUGUAAAUUAUUGACAUCUAUUACUAUACCAUCAACAAUUACUGAAAUAAGAAAUAACUGUUUUUGUAAAUGUUCAUCAUUAAAAACAAUUAAUAUACCAUCAUCAAUUAGUAAAAUAGGAAAUUGUUGUUUUGGUGAAUGUAAAUCAUUGACACUAAUUAAUAUACCAUCUUCUAUUAGUAAAAUAGGAAAUGAA